CGUCAAUUUCCCCUUCUCUUCUUUAUAUUUUACCUUCCUCCGUUUCCAGUGUUCUGCUGUCGAUGUAGACCAGCUUUUUUUUGAGAAACGGUUUUCUGUGGUGGAGCCCUGCACGCAUACAGACAGAUGCGCGCGAAGCACGGAGAGGAGACAGACAACGACGUUAACGGUAGGAAUGAACGGAAAAUGCUGUGCGCCAGCAGUGGCAGCUGUGAUAUUACCAAGAACUCAGUGAUCCGCACGACGAGAGAAGAGAAGCCCCGCUGCAGCAACGAGCCUCUCCCGAAGUGAUGGGCAGUCAAGAGCAUCAGCUGAGAAAGAGAGGAGAGUUUAUAGUGUGUGUUAGAGACAGGUGUGUAGUAUGUGUGCAUGAACUGUACUGACAUACUGGCGACCCAAAGAACCGCAGCAGACAGACAGCCGGCCUGGAUAAACUCUACCAGAAUGGUCCUCAACCCUUCAGGAUAUAGGUCUGUGACUUCAGAGGAACACACAUAAACACAGACAAACAGAGAGAGGGAGAGAGCUCCCUAACCUCUCCGAAGAGGAUCACUGGGGCCCAACACUGACACUCUCACUUUGACAUUAUCAUCGCUGUCGCCCUGGGUGGAUGAGCCGCAUGUCUGGACGCCUGCGGUCGGGGGGAGGGGGGAGGGUGGGGUGUGACGGCAGGGCCGUAGUGGAGGAGCAGGGGUGCGAGGGGUCGCGGGUGGCGUUUGAGGGGGAAAGGGCUGUAGGGGUACAGGAGGAGGUCACAGUGGAACCCAACGCUGAGGCUGGAGCUCAGGAGACCCUUGAACUUUUACCCUCCCCCUCACCCCCCUCCCUGUCUAACGGUCUUCACCUGCACAGGAGGCCUGUCCUUGGAACACGCAGACGGAGGCAGACAGAGACACACACACUCAACAACGCUCCAACACACACACCUGGACAGACCUUCAUAGUAAUGCAGACACACAAGGACAUCCAAAUGCAGACACCCGCAGAGACGUGCAUGAACACUCACACAAGUGCUCACAGACAAAUGGAUGCUCACACACACUUGGACUCUGCUGGUCCAGAGCAGCCCAGAACUGAUUCAUCACCAGAGACACACACCAGAUCACCUCAGCGACAGGUCCUCCUGCCUCUCAAUCAUUCAGCCUGCACCAAUCAGCAAGCUGCUUUCUCUCCUUGCAGCCCUGCUCCUUCACACUCUGCAAACAGAGACAUGCCCCCAGCCAUUAGCUCUGCCCCUAAUAUUAGUUCAACACCUCUAGAUCUCUCUAAACCCUCAAGAGCUACUGGUCCAAAUCCUCCAGGCCUUUCUCCUAUCGGUCCAGCCUGUCCAGACCUUUCUACUAUUGGUCCAGCCCCUGUAGACCCCUCCCCUGUACCUGUCGAAGGUGAGAGAAAGUAUGCACUUCGUAGCUCCGGUCGACCUCGCUUCCCCUGCCAGCUACGCAAGUCUUCCCGCAUCCGCCGAUGCACUGAGGAUGGAGAGAGGAGGGGAGGGAGGGAGAGCGAGAGGGAGGAGGAAGAGGAAGAGGAGAAAGAGAGGGUGAGUGUACAUGUGAAGGUAGAGCGCCCCACAGUGGAGGAGUGUCUAUCUGCAGCCUUCAAGCCUGCAGCCUCCAAGCCUGCAGCCUCACCUGCACCGGUACCUGUAGCACCACUCCCCUCAACACACCCCUCAUCACGCCCCUCUCACUCUGCCCCCCGGCCAUCGCCCAAACCCCAACAUAGAACUUCAACCAAACCCCAACCCAAAUCUUCAACCAAUGCCAAACCAAAAUCCCAACCCAGACCAUCGAUGAAAGCCUCGCCCAAACCUUUGCCCAGAUCAGCAACCAAUCCCAGACCAGCAACCAAUCCCUCGCCUCGUCCAUUGACCAAUACAGUGCCCCGGCCGGCAGUGAAGAAGGAGGAGCCUGGUGAACUAGAUCCCCUCACCAAACGGAAACGCCGGUUUGUUGGUGUGAGGCGUAUCGUGGUGAAGGUAGCUCGUAUCCCAGUCAACCUCAGCCGACGCCAGAAGAGCUACAAGAUUUCCUCCAUGGAGACAGUUGAGAAGGGCGGGGCAGGUUGUGAUGGCAGGUUGGAGGGAGCCGAGGGGGGGACAGCGGUAGUCCGAGAGCCGACUGCGCUCCUCCGUAUGAAGAACAACGGGAAGAGUGUGAUGGUCAUGUUCCCGCCUGGAGAACUUCCUGUGAUCCUGAAACGUCGCCGUGGCCGACCUCCCAAACAGGUUGUACCUGGAACGCCGGAUAAAACCACCGGUGGGAAUGGCGAGCCCAAGAAACCUCGUCGGCGCCGGCGGGCCAAGCUCCCGUCUCCGCAACCGUCGUACGUGAACGACACCAACGACGUGAAGACGGAGUACGGAGACGUUCUGUCCAAACUGGCAUUCCUCAACCGCCAACCGCCGGCCACUGGCCGCUGCUCCCCACCACGCUGCUGGACACCCAGCGAACCGGACAGCUUUCACACACCGUCCGACAACCCUGGGAUCUCCGCCCUGCUCCACCGACUCACAGGGUUCAGACGCAGGGGAGGCAGGGGGGGAGGUGUUGGAGGCAGGGGAGGAGGAGCAGGGGGAGGAGCAGGAGGAGCCGGUGGAGAGGGCUUCAAGAGCUCCUUCAGUGACUUUUUUGAGACGAUCGGGAAGAAAAGGAAAGUGACCCCCGCUCUGUCAGAACCAGGGUUACUCAAGAAACGUGGGAAGGGUGGGGGAGGCAGGGGAGGAGGGGCUGCAGGUGGGGAGAUCGGGGUUGGGGGUGAGGGGGGGAAGCCGGUUAAGAAACGACGCUCGCGCAAGAACGGGGUUCUAAAGGGGGAGGCAGGGGGGCAGCUGGAACAAGACUGGUUUAAUGGGGGAGGUGUCUGGGGGGAGGAGGGGGGAGGCAUGAGGGAGAGAGGGCCAGGAGGGUACCAGGUCUGUGGCUCCCCGAGGGGGGGCUUCCUGUCCUGUGAGGGGGGGAGAGGGAGUGCGUACGGCAGCCCUGGCGGAAGCAGAGGCGGUGGAGAGGAGGCGCAGGGUUUGUUCGCCGGAUAUUUCCGCUCCCUGCUGGACUCUGACAACUCCUCAGACCUCCUGGACAUCUCCUCCCCUCGCCCCGACCCCAGGAAACCUCCUCCCACCCUGAGCUACGACUCUUCCAGCCCUGCCCGCGGUCCAGGCCCUCGCUGGUCCCCAGCCUGCCCCAAACGCAGCCCCAAAGGAGAGCCAAGGGAGAACCCAACCCUACAUCAUCCCUCUUCCUCCUCCUCUUCAAGACCUCCUUACAGUUAUAACCUGUCCCAGAACUCCCCCACCUCCUCCUCGUUCCCCAAGUCUAACCCUCCCUCCCUCCCUCCGUCCCGCUCUCCCAGCUCCCCCCAUCCCUCCUCCUCCUCCUACGGUCACUACACGCCUGGCUAUUCCUCCUCCACUCCUGCAGGGGGCAGCACAGUGCCACAAAGACCCGCAGACUGCAGCUUCACAGCCUAUGGGGCAGCCGGGCUGAGUAAGGCCUCCACAGCCACCCCCGUGGGCCAGGGUCAGAUGGGAUAUUCCAGUUUUUCCAAGCGGGGCUAUGGGGGCUACCUUGGGCAGGUUGGACCAUCUUCUCCAGGAAGAGGGGGGUAUAUGGCCAUGGCCAAGAACAGCCCUUUCCCCUCCCCAUCUUCCCCAGAGGGAUACAGACACUACCCCUCCAACCAGUGUAACUACAGGCCGGGCUAUGGUGGCUACCCAGGAGGCUGCAGUGACCCAGGCCCCAGCGAGCCCAAAGACAUCCUGGACAUCUCCAACUACACCCCCCAGAAGGCCAAGCGACAACCCUUCCUCGAGAGUCUAUCAGAGUCCUCCUCUGACUCCUCCCACCUAGGGGUCACCGGGUCAGGAGGUGGGGUCAGUGGCGGAGGCUCGGGAUCAGGCUCCGGAGGUGGGGCUUAUAGGCAGGGUGGAGGGAGGGAGUCUCUUCCUAUUGGUGGAGAGGGAGGUCAAGGACAGUCCAGCCUAUCAAGUCUGGAGAAGCUGAUGAUGGACUGGCAUGAGAGCGCCUCAGGCCCCUCCUACAACUGGAGCCAGAACGUUCUCUUCCAGGGGCAGGGGAAGCCCAGCCGGGGGCGCAGGAAACGGAAUGCUGCCGAGCCCCAAACGGAGAAGGAGGGGGGUGGCGGACCAGGAGCAGGACCAGGGACCACCCCAGACUCUCCCAACAGCCCCCCAAGCCAGACGCAGCCCUCCACCCCAACCCAGGGUUCUGGUGGAAAACGCAGUGGAAUGGGGAGACGGCAGGCCAGGGGGGUAAGAGGAGGCAGAGGAGGGGGGCUGUCCCCAUCCCCUGGAGAGCGCCCCCCAGGGGGGAAGAAGGGUAAGGCUACUGGGGGUGGGGUUGGAGGUGGAGGGAGUGCUGCUCAGGGGGUUGUUCCAGGAAGGCCUUGACUACUACAGUGGAGACAGCAGCAGCCUCUCCCCCCUCCCUAACCCCACCUCACAUCUCGGCUACCCCACCGAGCCCUGUGAGUACCCCUCCCCGUGCCUUUACUCCGCCCAUCCCUCCACCCCGUCCUCAGAGGAGCACUACCCAGCCCUCUUCCCUGGCGAGGCUUCAUCCUCCUCUCUCUCCCCUGGAAUGACUUCCACAUCCUCCUCCUAUCCUCCCAAACUAUCCCCCGCUCCCCAGCCCUACCACCCCCCUCUCACCCCUGCUCCUCCCCCCGCCUCCUUCUCUCCCUCUUGCUCACCAUCGCCACGGUUACUGCCACACUGUGGAACAGCGCUGAGCCCCCCCCAUCGUAACCUGGCAACCGUUUCCAAGGACCACUUCCCCUCCCAGUAUGAUUCUCCCAGUUACUGUAGCUCCCCCUAUUGGUACGGAGGGGCAUCGCUCAGCAGCCCCCACGCUAACACACACACACAUGCUAAUGCACACGGCAACACACAUGUACACGCUAAUGUUAACCCUCACGCUAGCCCUAACAAUCACCCUAACACUCACACUACCGCACACAUCAACACACACACACACCCUAACAGCAACCCUCAUGCAAACAUGAGUCCACACGCACCUCAGACAAGCUUGAGCCCACACACACACCCUAACCCCAACACCAACCCACACACACACACCAACCCCAACAUCAAUACACACCCGCACAUCAACACACACCUUCAUUCAAACCAGAACCAACAUCCACAUCCACACCCCCACCCGAACACUUACCCCAGCCCCCAUCCCAACACCACACAACCCUCCCACCCUAACCUCUCCCCACACACUCACCCCCACCCUAACCUCUCCCCCACUCCCACACUCACCCCCUGCUUUAUGAGGAGCGCCCCCCUCACAGCGCCAUGCCCACGCAACCUCACAAACGGGACCUGCCUCCCCACCUCAACUCAGGGCUGCGACCAGCCCCCCUGCAGCUCUCCCCGUACCCCUCCCCCCACCCCAAGCCUCCCCUGGUGUCCUCGCCACAUUCUGAGGACAUGGGUUACCCCCCGUACCCCGGGAUGCACCCCCGCUACCACCCACAGCCCCCGCCUCGAGGAGGAGGGGUGCUCUGUCAGCUACUAGACCCCCCCAGUGAUGACAGCUUCAGUGUCACCAGCUUGUAGCUGCAGGCGCAUUAAAUCUCAACUUUUUUCAGAUUUGUAAACUUUUUUUAAGGAGAGACUUUCAGAGACAAGAUGAUGGAUCAUAAUUUAUCUCCUAACUCUGGACAGUAGAUCUUCAGUUCUCCAGCUAUGACAAUCAAAAGACAACUGCAACACACACACAAAGGCGCACACAGACACAGACACAACUGGAAAGAGGGAGUGGCCUAGAGGAGCUGUGGGAGGAGUGACAGACGCUGAGGAACAGAGAGGCGGGGCCUAAUGUAAAAAUUCCGCCCCCAACGCUAAACACACUAAUCCCCUAUCCCCGAAACCAUGCACCCUUCGCUCUGUGUGUGCUCUAUGAGAGAAGUGGACUACAGCAUCAGCUCUUGAAUUACCAGCAUCUGUACAUAGACUCCAACUCCAGCCACAGACCCAUAACCUCACCACAACAUUGAAACAGUUAAGACAACGUUACUAAUGUUCCAUCAGUGUUUUCUAACGUUCAGGCUUUUAGCCAGGACCACAGACCCACAACCACACCCAGGGGCGGACUGGCCAUCUGGCAUUUUGGGCAAAUUCCAUAUGGGCUGGUCCAUUUUAAACUCAGUGGGCCUAUCUAACUUUUUUUCACGCAAAAAGAUCACUGUUUGGCUAAUAAUGGGUGCCUCAAGGGAAAAAAGGGGCCAGUGUGUGGGCCUAUGUGUUAGAAAUGCCAGGGCCAAUUUCUGGUCCAAGUCCACAGCUGUGCUACAACAGCUCUACACAACGUUCCAUCAUCGCUUCUCUAUUGUUCUGCCAUGGUCUCUGCUCUGAUGGAAGGACUCCAGCAUGGAGACUCCACAUCCUGUGUUUCACUGUUUUUACUAGGAGGGAAAGAGACCCGACACACACUCUGACCCCAAAGAGACUGACGUGUGUUUAUUUGUGUGUGUGUAACCACGCGGAUGGACUUCUGUAUGUAUGUAUGUGUGUGUUUGGGAUCUAAAGGGGUAGAGCUCUACAUCUGAAAUGGUGGAUGGAUGAACAGGGCUUCUCUUCCUUCUUUUACUCUCUCCUUUUUUCCGUGGUCUUGUGUUGUUUGGUGGUUUUUGUGAUGAACAGUUGUAUAUGUCUGUUAAUGUCAUGAUGUAUCUACAGUGCCAAUAUUUAAAUACACUCUGAUCUGGCCAUUGGUAAA